CGCUCGCUUAACUUUCAAACCUUUCGUCCGCAGCAACGAGAGCCCGUCAACAAUGAAAGUAAUUGUGAAGGGUGGUGUUUGGAAGAACACAGAGGACGAAGUUCUCAAGGCCGCCGUCAGCAAAUACGGAAAGAAUCAGUGGGCGCGUAUUUCCUCCCUUUUGGUUCGCAAAACACCAAAGCAAUGUAAAGCCCGUUGGUAUGAAUGGCUUGAUCCGAGCAUUAAGAAGACGGAAUGGUCGAAGGAAGAAGACGAAAAACUUCUGCAUUUAGCCAAACUCAUGCCAACACAAUGGCGAACUAUUGCACCCAUCGUCGGCCGUACGCCAUCGCAAUGUUUAGAACGGUAUCAACGGCUAUUAGACGAGGCUGAAGCAAAAGACAACGCUGAAUUAGGUCUUACUGGAUCGGUUGGCCCAGAAAGUGGGCCCAGCGCAGAUGAUGUGCGCAAACUACGUCCAGGUGAAAUUGACCCAGAGCCAGAAGCGAAACCUGCCAGACCUGAUCCAGUCGACAUGGAUGAGGAUGAAAAGGAAAUGCUUUCAGAGGCCAGAGCCAGACUUGCAAAUACACAAGGAAAGAAAGCCAAGAGAAAGGCAAGAGAGAGACAGUUGGAAGAAGCUCGUCGAUUGACAACCCUGCAAAAGCGACGAGAACUCAAGGCUGCCGGUAUUGAAUUGAAGCCAAAAAAGAAGAAGAAGAAUCAAAUGGAUUACAAUGCUGAUAUACCGUUUGAGAAGAGACCAGCGCUAGGAUUUUACGAUACGACUGAAGAGCACAACCGUCCCGUGGAUCAUACAAAACUUACCAAUGUACAUUUAUCAAAACUUACCCAACGGAAAGCAGAUCGCGACGAGGAGAAAGAACGAGACAAGAAACGCAAAGCUAGAGAAAAGCAGGCUACAGGUGGUGACGAAGGCAACAAAGGAAAUUUCGUACUUGCCAGCAACAUGAAGCUGAACAAAAUCCAAGAAGCAGAACAGAUCGCUAAGCGCCGAAAGCUUGUUUUGCCCACUCCUCAAGUUGGUGAGAGCGAGCUGGAACAGAUUGUUAAAGUUGGGUUUGCUGGACAAAAUGCUGCAAACUUGGACGAAGAUGGAAAUGCUGCUACCGCUGGCUUGGUUGGAGACUAUUCGAUUACACCUUCGGCCAACGCACCAGCGAGAACACCACGGAUGACGGCAGCAAAGGAUCAUGUGAUGAGUGAAGCCCGUAAUUUGCGUGCAUUGAGCUCUGCCCAGACGCCUCUUCUAGGUGAAGAUAACCCAGAGUUGGCCGACUCCACUGGAACCGGUUUUGUCGGCGCUACUCCACAGCGAUCAGUUGCACAAACACCUAACCCAUUAAUGACACCCAUUCGAGGGAAAACUGGCGCAACACCUAUAGGAGCGGAGCAGACACCACUGAGAACACCAAUGCGAGAUAGUCUAAAGAUCAAUGAAGAUGCUGACGGUUUCGUUGGUCAGACACCGCGGGAAGAAAAGCAACGAAUGCAAAUGCUCAAGAAAUCAUUGAAAUCAAGUUUGGCUGGCCUGCCGCGACCCAAGAAUGAAUAUGAAAUUAGACUGCCUGACAUGGAUGAUGAGGACCAAGAAGCUGACCAUAAACCGUUGGCUAAACCCGACAUGGCAGACGUUGAUGCUCAGGAGAUGGAGACUCUUGAGAGAGAAGAACAAGAACGUCUUAACCGUCGCUCCCAAGCUGUUCAACGGGGCUUACCGCGUCCUAUUGAGGUCCACAUCAGCCAACUUCCUAAGGAUGCAACAAUGGCAGAGAAACUUAUACAUGAAGAAUUUGUUCGACUAUUGAAUCAUGAUGCUGAAGCCGCCGCCAACCUCGAAGAUGAGUUUGACAACGACACUCUCAAUGAAGCACGACAAAUUCUUGAGCGAGAGACAGCCCAAUCACUUGGUAUCACAACUGAUGAGGAUGUUAAGCAAGCACUGUGGACCAAAAUACAAGGUGAAGCUUUCGAAGACGUUUGGACGAAGGAACACAAGGAUAUAUUGUUCUCUGCGCAGAAGAUGUCAUUCUUGACCUUGGAUGAAUUUGUUGACGACAAUACCAAGGUUGCCGGUCUUCAGAAGAUGUUUGAGGCUAAUAGACAAUCCAUGGCUCAAGAUGCAGCUAGAGCAACCAAAAUCGAAAGGAAGCUGAAUGUCGUGUUGGGUGGAUAUCAAGCUCGUUCACAGGUACUGAGGAAACAAAUUGUCGAAGCCUUUGACGAAUUAGAAUCAGCAGAAACUGAAUUCCAGUCGUUCACCAACCUACGCAUUUCGGAGACUGAGGCUAUUCCAAGAAGGCGUGAAGCUCUUCAAAGUGAAGUUCAGUUCCUCAAGUCGAAGGAGAGAACUCUUCAAGACAAGUACAAGGUUCUCGCAGAGCAGAAGAAUGAAAUCAUUGAAAGCAUUUUGAAAAAAGAGCAACAGCAACAAGAAAAUGUAGCAGCUACAGCUUAAAAUUUAGCAUUAAUGAAUGAAAAUAAAAACCCCCCCCGUUACAAGUCUUUAAAUCAGGUCCAACUAACCCACGU